UUGCUCUGGUGUUGCACUCUUUCAAGGGAUAGUUUGUUUUUUUAAAGUGGGGUCAUACGAGGUGCCUGUCCUCUACCCACAGAGGAUGCUGGUUAGCUUGGCCCCUUUGUUGAGAAACUAGACUCUACUUUGCCCUCAGAAAGUCUAACUGUUUUUGCAGCAUUCACAGCGUGAGUCCUUCCACCAACCCACGGACAAACUAUAUCAAAUAAAACGAAAUGUUAAGAAUGCAGGCACCCUGUACAUAUUUUUGUGGGGAAAUUUGUGAACUUAGAGGUUGGCUUCAAUGAUUAAAAUUUUAAAAAAAGCUGAAACAUUUUAGUUUAAAGCUCUUGGGAGGAACUUUUUGUUAAUGGGGGUUACGGUGCCCCUAAUGGACAAAGAGGUACCUUGAAUGUCUUUGUAAAUUUGUAUGAGUAAGUAGCAUUUUCCAGCAGAGACUCUCAACCUGUUUCAUUAGAAAUUACUGAAAUGUAAAAACAAAACGUAAAAAUUGAGUUUGCCAACCAGCAUUCUGAGACUUACCAUCUAUCAACUGUCUUAGAUAAAAAAAAAAAAAAAAAAAAAAAAAUAGGGGUUCGAUAGGUUGACCAUAUUCUGACUUCCCAAAAAGAGGACACAACUUUGCGGGGGCAGAGUUAUGGAGUUGCACAAAGUUAAUGUAAAGAGUUUUUUGGUUCGGAUUGAGUGUCUUUUACACACUUCUAACUCAGUAAACCUACGUGAAACAAUAUGGAAACUUACGUACAAAACCGCAGAUUUUAUAAACUUCCCCAGACAAAGCCAGACAAACCUGGACAGCCCCCCAAAAAGAGGACAUGUCUGGGUAAAAGAGGACGUAUAGUCACCCUAGUGUAUAAUUAAUCAGUCUUUUCCAUGACGACAUGGUUUGCUCCUGUAGGUCACAAGGAGACUUCAGUACCAAUUUCAGUCUGAUUGUAAACUGUCUGAAAACACCCCACCGUAGCUUAAAAUGAAAUUUCCAUGUUCUUUUCACAAUAGUCAAUCUUUACAUUAAAUAGGCUAUGCUUUAUGGUGUAACCCCACUGAUCGGUGUGUUGUAGAGUCAUGAUGCAAUACAAUUGUUGCGGACUGAAUUAAUAAUUCUUUCAUAAAGCGGUGUUUGUUUCCAGGCAAGAAAGUCUUUAUCAGGUUACAGUUGUAUUCUGUUUGGUUACAUUUCAAAGAAUGUUUAAAAAAACUCAAGAACUGGAAGCCAAAGUGGCGGCUUGACUGAAGACAUUGUAAAUCCUUUUUAAAAUAGGGAAUAAAGACUGAAUGAUUUCAGUAGUUUUGAGUAACCACUGAAUUUUUUUCUUUGUCAUUGCAACAAUACUCGGUUAAAAACUAUUUUUUAAAAAAACUGUUCAAACAAUCCCAGUUGCAGUGACUCACGAAAUACGGAAAAGAAACAGCUACUUGCACUCAGGGCAUUCAACGUUGCAUCAUUGCGCAAUAAGGAUACGAGUUGCCGAGCGGAGAUAAAUCAGUUCAAAUCCUCCCUCCUUUCCCUCCUUGUGACUGGUCCUUGCCUCUGUCAGUCAGGGGGAGGGGUGCACCGCUAAUUUCUAUAUGCCUGCUUGUCAAUUGAAGAGUCAGAUUGCGUCCUCGCGCGUGGCUGUCAGCAGCAGUGAUCCUCAGUGGACGUCCACAGCCUCUCUGGAUCUGGGAUUUCUACUGAACCACAUGAGACGCCUCAGAUGUGCGUUUACCUGCUCUCUCUGAAACCCUUGCUUUUGGAUUCUGCUUCCACUUGAAACGCAUCCGCAAACUUAAGCCUCGUGGUAUUUUCCAGCUUUUUAAGUGAGCUGCUGUGUAAUGAGGUGCAUGCCCGAGGGGAGACUUUCCACAGAAGUUUGAAGGAGACUUUUGAAACUGUUGGAGUUACAUGUGAAGUGUACAUUGCAGAGGGUUCAUGUGAUUAUUUAUAAUCCGACAGAAGCGGACUCUUUUACUCUGGGAAAACUUUUAGGGAUUUUUGAACAUGUUCAGCAAGUGCUCCGUUGUGUUAUUGAACGUCCUCUUUCUGGUGCGGGCGCUCUCGGCUCACGAGUGCACGCCGUGUAACCUCCGGACAUGUCCCGUGAAAGCCUCUCUCGCCUGCGACGGUGGCCGAACCUUGGCCAGGGAUCCGUGUGGGUGCUGUGACCAGUGUGCUCGGCUGGAGUGGGAGACUUGCGGUGGACAGGACUGGGCGCACGGCUACUGCGCCCUGGGACUGACCUGCGCGUCUGUCAACAAAACAGGAGCAGCUACAGUCCCUGAGAUAGGAGUAUGUAAAGGUGGGUACCUGUCUGAAACGAAAGCAUGUUACUUUUGGACAGUUCAGUGAUUAAAAGUGUCAUUGUGGAGUUGUAAAAUAGUCUAAUAAAAGAGCUGUGGGUGUCAGUUCUUUCAGCUCUCAUCUCUUUCAAGUGGCUGGAGGGUAUGACUAUUGAAACGUCACUCAAACCCUGCCUGAAGUGACUGUGUCAGUGUUUACCUUGUCUCUGGCUGCCUGCAGCAGCCCCUCAGGUCUGAGGGGCUCUUGACUGCCAAGAGAGGAGUCAUGUUCAGCUGCUCUUUCUUCUCCUCAAUGCUUCAUUCACUCUCAGCUCUGAGGCAUGACAAUAAGUUUGGCAGCAGCGAUUUGGCACCAAAUGACUCUUGAGCGUUUUAAAGGCUCUGUCCUGUUUGCUUUACAGCUCAAAGACACAUGUACUCAAAAAAAAAAGAGUGGGUGGGAGGUGAUGAGACAAAAAUGAGUGUUUGAAUCUGUGUGAGGGCACAGUUGUGUAAAAGCCAUGGCGUGACAACAAUGAUGAUUGUGUUUGGGACUUGGACUCUGCCAUAAUAUGAUAAAUAUGCUGCCCUGACUUGUCUUUAUUGUUUACACCAUGUGCUUUGAGUGUGUAACUCAAAUAUAAUAGUUUGACAGCCUGAUUGCACAAGUCCCCUGUAGAUGUUGACUGUGACUCAACAGUGUUGCUCUGUUCUUUUCCUGCAGAGCAGAGCCCAUCCUUUUGCUCAUUUUACGCACAAUUUCAACAACUUUUACGACUUCAAAGAAAUGUUGAGGGUGUCAGGUUCCUCACAGUAAAUGGAGUAGCAACCGUGUCCCCUGAGGAAUAAAUAACUGCCAUGAGGACCCCCCUCCUGCCCCUCCACCUGCGCUGUCUCCAGCCUCUUUCUGGAUGAUUGAAAGGGACUGACAUGACUAACAGAGAGAAAGCAGCUCUCUGUGGGUGUCUGGAUCCCCUGACCCUGCUCUAUCUCUAUGUGGGGUGGUCCAAGUCAGGGCUCCACAAGGGUUUUCCAGGGGUCUCAAACCCCCAGGCCAUCCCAGGAGACACUUCUGUUGCUGCUGAUUGUGCCACAGGUACGAGUCAGGCAACGUCUGGAGGAUAUCUCUGCAAAUUAACAGCUUUGGAACAAGCUGGAGACCUAAUGGCUCCUCUGAUUGAGUCGUGCCUCAGCUCCUGUGGGUCCAGAGGCCUCGGAGCAUGCCACUGACCUCUAAAUCAGAUACUCAUACACACACAAAGCUCAGUAUCCCAAAGGGUCUAGGUGGGGGUAAAUCAACACCUCCCAGUGUGUUUCCAGGGGCCGCAGUAGGCAGGCUGCUGGAGGCUGAUCCCAGAUUUCCCUCCUCAAGCUGCAAGAGUCUUAAAGUGAUUAGACUUGCAAUCAGGAGUAGGGGGUAAAUGUUUCCGUUUUCUGAUCCCCUGCUUUCUGCUCACGGUUUUCAUUUUCUGGGUGGUCAAAAUCUGUUGUCACCCCGAGGUGACAAAUGGUGUGUAAUUGUUCUUUGGGAAUGCCUUACUCAGUUCAGUUGUUGCAUGUUGGAUGGAAUUGAAAAACUUGUUGAAAUAGCUCCAAUUACACCCAUCUUGACCUGGAAAUGUUACAUAACUUACACGCCGAUCCCUUUUAGAGAGGAAGUAAUUAAAUAAAGGGCUUUUUUGCCAUGACAUCGAACUACUUUUAAUGGUGUAAUAAUCAGAAAGUAUCACAAAUUAUGGUUUAUAACUAUAAACUAUAGCAAGUUUCCCAGAUUUCAAAACACAACUCCUGGAUGUUGGAAUUCACCUCUGAUAAAGCCAAAAAAUAUCAGGUAUCAACAAAUGAGCCAGGACAAAACAGUAUGCAGGAAAUACAGUAUGCAUGAUACAAUAUGAAUUCUAACAAUACAAUAUGAUACAAUACAAUAAGAUUUGAUUGGAUACAAUAUGAUUCAACAUGAUAGAUUAAAUUGACAUAUGGUACAAAUGGAAUACAAUAUGACAUCACUAGAGAUCUUGUAAAUGAGAUCCUGAUCUGGUUAAAUAAAGGUUUCAAAAAAUUAGAAUACAACAAAAAUCUACCUAGGAUUUUAUAUCCAUUCAUUAUUGUUAAGGAAAUGUUAUUACUGUUGGUGCUGACAAAAUUCCUGAAAAGAGAAACAACUUUGCAUCUUGAGUUAGAGGUUUAAGUCUGCCAUGUAAGGACAUCAGCACCUGCUCUGGUCAAAAGUCCUUUAUGUUCUUCACCUUAUCAAAUAUGCUCAGUGAGCUGUCAGUCAUGCAGAAUUACUCAGUCUUUGCAGCUGAAUAACUUGUUUUGAUGUUCCUAUUGUGUUUCUGUGUCUAUCCACCCACGCCAACUUUCCCCGAGCUCGAGAGGCACUUAACAUACCACGUAACAGAAUGUCAGUCGUACCGGGACGUUAUGUCCGCUGCACUCUUUCACAUGCCGUCUACUUCUCCCUUCCUCUGGUAUUAUCUAAUGUUUCAAAGACUUCCUUUUUAGCUCGCUAUCAGCCAGAGGGCCUCUAGAGGUCAGCUUUCCCAUCCUGGCUCGGGAUGCCAAGACAAGCAGUCUCAGUAGCUGAGAGAGGAAUCCCGGGGGAUGAAGCCGCAGACUUUGGCUCGAGUCAUGCCAAGCCAGAUAAAAGAUAGCAAGACUGGACUAGACCAGGGUCAGACCAAAAAGGGUCUAAGCCAAAGUAGACUAGCUAAGAUUGAACUGGGCUGAGAAGCAAAUAAAUCAACAGGACAAAGCUUUUAGUGUCAAGCUUUUCUUGAUUGUUUUGACUUCUACCUUUUUUUCAUCAUGCCAGAUUUAGCAUCCCACACAGACAGGCACCCCUGCCACCUCCACUACCUCAAACGAAAACACCCUCCCAGGCACAGGAAAGCCCCAGGAUGGAAAAAAUGUGGAGUUGAGGAUCAUUUUAAGGUGAAAGGAAAUCACAGGGAAAAUUUUGGUGUACUUUAUUGAAAAGGCUUCUUGUGCUUUGCCAGUCUCACUUGCCGUCUGGGAGAGCUAUUAAGAGCACAGGCUGGCUCAGGUUAAAGGCAGUAUUACAACACCUUCACCUCUUUGACUGGCUAGUGUUCACUGUAGUGCUUCUGACAGUCAUCUAUCAAUGAGGAGUCAUACACGUGUUGAACCCGAAUUUGGGGAGAAUGUUUGCAGGAAGGCUUUCUUUAAUCACACUGAUUCACUUUGACAGCAAUAUGUUUUACAAUGAGAGACUUUUUUCCUAUAGUGAAAAUCUGUUUUGGAUGAAUGUGAAUCAACAUUUGUGCUGCACUGGGAUUUACGACAUCUUAAAGCAAAGCCACAGAUUGAAUUCCAAAUCUUUCCAGUCACUUUGGGUCAUCCCAUGAUUGUUUCUUUGACCCCUGACUGAGAAUGGUAAUAAUCUUCUCCUUAAGAGGUCAAUUUAGGUUGUUCCAUUACAGAAGAGUAAGAAUGCUUGCAUGGAGCUACUUUAGGGUGUGAUGAGACUGUCCAGACUGGACAAUUCAGACUGUUGAUUAAGACUAGCAAUAUAAAUGCAUGGGAAAGGGUUACUCAUUGUUACAGGUAGUCCCAUCCUGUUUACUCUGCUGCCACUUUCACCAGGCUAGACAACUGUGAAGGAAGCUGAUUUGGAGGUAUAUGCAUGCUUUUAUUCCAGCUUGCAUGAGAAAGAAACACUCUGGAGCAUGUGUACAUUGGGGCCCUUUAAUCCCGGGGUUCUGCUGCUUAUUCAGCUCACAUGGCACUAACUGGACACAUUCCUCCCUAUCAUGAGGUUUCAUCCAAGUUGGAAUGAGCCCCAAGGUGCCAUCUGAGGGGUAUAGGCCUCACUGAGCGAAGAAGGAACAAUAUGUGGGUAUGGUGCAAGUGGCCUUGGUACAGAAGAGGCGUUCCAGGAGCCAGCAGAGAUUGAAACCCUGGGAGGGCCCCAUGCUGUGGAACAAAAGCAAACAAAUGGGCUCAAUGGCUGAAGUAGCGUGGCACGACGAGGAGGGAGGAGGGAUGGCAGCCCAGAAAUACACUGGACACUUCAGUAAUGUUGCUGCCAGGGCUAUGUGUUGCAAGAGAGGCUGUAAGCUGGCUAACCUCAAUACACUUUUGGGAAACAAAUGUAGGUUACUGGCACAUUUGAGCUUGUGAUUGCGUUGCAUCGGUAACUCGAGCCAGUGUCGUUGGAUUUCCAGGAAAGUGGGCAAAACAGCCAAAGUUAAAAGUUCCUUUCUUCUCCUAUCUGAUUUUCUUCUGUAGUGCUCCCUGAUCAUCCAGAGGCCGGCCUAGAGGAUGAGCGCUGUCCCCUGAUGACAGGCUGUGACCGGGCUGGAGGUCAGUGUGUGUGCGAUGCCCGUCACUCCUGCUUGGGCUCUUUCACCUACCCAGACCGAGAAACCUGCAUGAAGGCAAGCAAAUCAGGUAAGCCAUCUCCUUCCAUCACACAUGUUGAAACACAGAUGCAUGCGCUGAAUCAGACUCAAAGGGAAUAAUGCUGUCUAUUGAGAGGAGCUAAUCCAUAACAGAUGUGGCUCUGAGGUGACUAAUGCUACUUACAUAUCAUAGUGAUGACACACAUGCGAAGGCUUUGUCAAGUGGGUCCCCGCUCACCCUUGAGUGGUGCCAAUGUCUGUGACUCAUUGAUGACUGUUUGUGUGUGUGUGUGUGGUUGAUUCCAGAGGGUCGCAGGCAUGAGCACAGGGACAGACACAGGGAGAAGUACGUGGGACCAUCCAACCCAGCCUGCAUGUUCUCUGGGUGUAACCUGACCGCUGAGGGCUGUGUGUGUGAGUCUCAGAGCUGCCACCACCACUUCGCCUACAUCAACCGCAGCCAGUGCCAGGAAGCUGCAGGUAAACUUCAAGUGACCUGCAACUGGAACAGACAGCCACACAGCACUAGCACAGUGCCUUUAGUCAGAUGAAGUUCUCCAGUGUGAACAUAAAACCUUUGUUGCUGAGUCUGGAAUAAUGAUACUGCAACAUGUUUUAUGCUUGAUUUUGUCAUUCAUAUAAAGUGUGCCACGACUUCACUUAUCAGCAGCCUCUUGGACAAAUCAGCUCUGGAUUUUAUCCUCCUUGUUCUGUAGCUUUAUAAUUGUGAAAGAAGUGAUAUUAACACUGACAAACAAAAACCGUGUCAUUUAUGAUUACUGCAACACCUCUAGUUCAAAAAAGGGGCCCUAUAACGCUCCUGUCAGAACGUGUGUUUGCAUAAGUACAUUUUUCCUCUUUCCUGGUCAUAUAUUAGUUGUGUUUUCUGAUUAAGCAUUAGUAAAUAGUUAAUAAACCAAUUAUCUGACCUUAUCAGAGACUUAUGAACAAUGCUAAAGCUCAAAACGUGUUCAUUAAAGCUUGACACUUAAAGACACUUAAAGGUGCCCAUUCUUGGAAACUUAACACUUUAUAUUGCUGUCAUGAGCACACGUAUUAAUUAUAAACUUGUUACACAUAUGUAGGAACUUUUUGCCAAAUUAUUGUUGUAUAUAGGUAACGUUGAAAAUCUAAUAACGUGUGUCAAAAUUACUACAAAGUCAAUGUGAAUUAAUAUUAUAUAGGUGUUUAUUUCACGUAUUUUAACUGUUUAUAAGAUUCUAAUGAGAGCCUUUAAGUGACUAAUAAGGAAUACUAAAUAUGCCAGUUACGUUUUUAUAAACACUUAUUCAGAUUAAUGUAUAAUUUUAAUAAGUGGCUUUUAGGACAACUAUUAAAAGUACCCUGAUAUAAAGUGUUAUCAGAUAACAAAAGUUGUUUGUGUACCGUGCCGUAACUCAGUUUGUUGACAGCUAGCUUGUAGCAAUGAUCAUAAGUUUUAACAGCUACUAUAUGGAAAUGGGUUAUUUUAAGUCGAUGGUUGUGUUUGCUUCAUUAACAGUUAUCGCUUGGAAACGUUAGCAUUUAUUUACCUUAGCUUUGUGGCAAGUCAAAAACUCCUCACAGGAGCUUUCAAGUCAGUAAAAUGGCUAGGGAAGGGACUUGCUACAGAUAUCAACUAACCUCUGAAGCAGAAAAUAAGUUAAGUGGUUUAGUAAAAUGAACUGGCAGACUGAAAAUUGUCAUGUGGGGGUAAUGAGCUGCGAUGAACAGAUUCUCCAGGAGGACAGCUGGAAGAGUGGCAUGUUUAUUCAAAAGUCAAAUCAAGCAUAGGAUGUGAAGAGAGCUCAUUCGUAAAACUUGGGCUGUAGACAGUGACUUGGAAAAGUUCAUGUCAGGCAGAUAGGAUAUAUAAAUUAAAUGCAGAGUUUCAUUAGUUUUAUUAGAUAAAAAACUCGCACAUUGUCUCAUUUGAUGCUAAACUAGUAGUAAAGAAUGAGUCAUUGGCAUUUUUAAUGUUUUUCUUGGAAGUAAUAGUCCCUUUAGUAUCAUAAAGAACCUUAAAUCUGACUCAUAUUUAUUGUACUCAUUGGUGCCAUUAUUAAUCUAGAAUGCAAAAGAAUUUAUAGCUGUGACAUUUAGUGCUAAACAUAUGUAAUAAAUUCAAACUUUAAUGUCUGUUUUGAUUUCACAAGAGCUUAAGAGUAUGAGUUUCAAACUCUUAGCAGUGACGGCAUCAUAGAUCAUUAUAAAACAUCCAUGGCACUUCAAAUCUUCUUGGGAAUGGGUGGUCACAUGGGUAAAAAAUGACUAGCAGGAAAACAAGAUACAAAUAUGAAUAAAAAAAAAAAGUUAAGAUGCUAAGUGUAAACAUUAACCGAUGCAUAUCAUGACUGAUGAGAAGCAGUAAAACUCAAUGUUGUGUCUCAAUUUCAAGUAUAAGGAGUUGCUAAGAGACUCGUAGUGGAAAAAUGGAGUUCAGGAGUUUCUUAGGCACAAUACACAGUCCCUAAAGAGUAUAAGAUGAAUGCCUUCACUGUGUUUCACUGAUUAAAAAAAUCCCUUGAACUAUGUGAGCUCAUACAAGUAUCUUUGUUUACUUCUGCUCUUAGCAGCCUUGCUGAUUGACACCUGGAAGUGAAAACCGUUAUUGGCAGAGAGAGUUAAGCUCCUCGGUUGGAUUGUGAGGUGUCUUUUAGAUAGACAAGCUCUAAGUCGUGACUGCCUUCUGAGUGACGUUUACAAAAUAAGACAGGGCUUCUUCUGAGUGAACUCACUGAACUUUGGUGUUUGUUUGGGGAAUGAUGUCUAGCUGGAAAAGCUUUAGCCAUAAACUAGAAAACCUUGAGAUGUGAACUCAAGAGGUGAAGUGACUGAUAGAAGCCUGAUUUAUACUUGUGUCGCAUUUACUCUACAGUGUAGCACAUGCCAUAAGUUUGCUUAGCCCUAGACCAUUGCAGACACCUAUAUUUCCCCUUAAAAGACUAUGAGCUUUGUGUCUGGUUCCUUGGGUAGCAUCUUAUCUCCUGCAUUUACAUUAUUUCUGGUAUGAUGUAGCCGUUAUGGUUCCCUGUACACAAACAAGCUGCUGACAAUAUGAUUGGCUCAGAAAUGGUUAUUAGACAAGUAUUGUAGAGCGAUGGUGCAGACUUCUCAGGUGUAGUCAGUCCAGAAGUAUAAACCAGGUUAAGGUCUGAGGCAUGUGACCCCUACUGCAUGUGUUUAAAUCUAUGUGAUCUUUUUUUUUUUGCUUUUUAAAGAAGAAAUACAGUACAGCCCCUGUAUUUGCGGUAUGUUUAUGCCUCCAUCACCGUUACUAAAAAUGUGCAAUGCAUAUUUGAGCUAAUUCAGUCUGCCAGUAACACUGAAGUUAUUGUAGGAAAUGUAUGUGUCUGUAGGAGCUUGUUUCAAGCAGCUUCCUCUGUAAAUCCUGCAGAAAGUGUGUUUACCAAAUGUUCCAUAUUUUAACGUUUCAUCAUUGAAGUUGGUGGUGUCCCAAUGAAAGAUCUACAGUUAGUCUUCUCUGUUCUGUAUCUCUCUCACCCCAAAGCCUGAGCUCAACAGAUGACAGUCUAAACUAACACAAGCAGAAAUCUGUAAACAACAUUUUUCAGCAGCUUAUGAGUUCUCACUGAAACACACACCCGCCCCUCUGAUGGCCCCUCAUUAAGUAAGAAACCAGGAUGUGUUUGUGUGUGUGUCUGCAAGAAUGCAUGUGCACACUUAUGUUUACAUAUGUUUAUAUCCCAAACCCUGUGUGUGUGAUAAACUUAUAUGAAUGGGCAUCUGAGCGUGCAUGUCUGCAUCUGUGUUUGUGCGUGUGUCUGUGUGUGAUAAUUAUCUUGUUUGUGUAGAUGUCUCGGCGGAGAAUUUCCUUUGUCUGUCACCAGCAAGAGCUUCCUCUGUAACCACACCGGGACUCUGUGGUUAGGAUCUUAGAGUGACUGCUUCUAUCAACCCCUCGUUGUCUCUGGACACAAACAGUUAUUAAGAUCUGUGUUAGCAUGCCCUGCCAGUGUGUGUGUGUGUGUGUACGUAUCUAGUAACCCUACAUCCAAGGAAUGAAAGCCCUGCGAUCAGACUUGUCUUCACAUGCAUUGAAGCAGUCCUUGUGUCCACACACAGAUAUCAGUCAGUAGAUAGAUUCUCUGUCUCAGACUUCAGAGCUUACACAUGGUUAUAGUUUGCCCUCUCACUUUCUCUCUGAUUCACUCAAUGGUCUUGUCCCCUCAUCCCUUUUCUGUGACUCACUGUGAUCUGUUCAAACUCAACAUCUUUUCACCUCAUCACAGUCGGUGCAGAUGUUGCCUCUUGCUGUUUCAGUGGGAUAUUUUUAAUUGUGGGUUCAUGCACCAUUGCAAAACCUCCUAUCAGAAGCUGAACUCUUUUCCAGACGUAUUACUGUCUUGCAGGAAAAGAGGAUGUGAUAAGUGUAGAGGAAAGCAGACAGAGGAAGAUAGGAAAUGACAACUUAGACUAGCUAUUUUGUUGAGGUAAUUGUGUCAAAUACAGCUCCUGUGGCCAUCUCAGUGGGGUGGUGUUUGUUAAUUUUACAUCACAGGAAAGCUCGCAUACUCCAUUCAUGAUAAGACCUCUCACUGCUAUUUCGGAGGAAUUUCCCUGCUGCUGUCCACUGACUGGAACAGGCAGCAGCAGUCAGUGCAUAUUUCAAAGUGUUUAGGUGAUUCAUCCCCAUGGCAUCACCUACUACUAACAUCUGCUCGGGAACAGUGAGCGUUGAAAGCCGAGGUUUGCUAAAGCUUUUAGGUUGUCAUUUUAUUAAUACAUGAUACAAGCUUGGGUAUCUAUUAAAGUUAACUUCCUCUAAAUAAUUAGGAAUGGUUUAGUUUAAAGAUAUUGUAUAUUUUUGAGUGCCAGUUUGUUCUUUUGAGAGUGGCUAAAGUUAGCAGAGCUAGCACCACCUGCAUAACAAGUUGACUAAGUUAACACUUGUGCUGGACAUAGCUUCUGUAUAACCUGAUCUUUAUUUUCAAGAUCAAAAUACUGCGAUGCAACAGGCGAUCCCAUCUAUCAUCUGUGCUUGUUUACAUGGGAUUAGUACAGCAUUAUCACAUUAUAGCAGUAGUCAUUUGCCAGAGCUUUAACCAUUAUCAGUAGCGGGGGGCUUUGCUUCUGCUGUGACACAAUAAAUGACCAGUAUUUCAGCCAUAUAAAUUGAUGAAAUGACUGAGGAUUCUGGUGCUGACAAUGCAGGUGACAAUGUUUUAUUCACUUCACAUGCAUAUCAACCUACUGAAAAUCCAUACAAGACCAGUGCAUUAAAAAAAGACAUAAUAUUCAUGUCAAGCCGAUCAUUCUUUAACAUUUUAUAGUGUUGUAAAUUAUUUCAUGAUACUCUACUUGUAGCAAAUUAAUAUUUUGAGCAGGUACUUGUUUGGUGCAUUGACAUUGUCUUGCUAAAGGCCGUGUUUUUUAUACAUGUAUUUGGACUGGAUCAACUUUUUUACAUUUGCUUAUACUUAUGAAAUAAUAUUGAAAUUUUCCCACAAAGAUAACUGAGCGUUCACAACAGAGAAGUUGUGUCCAUGAUGGUGCCAUGGCACCAACUGACCUUGCUUCCACAAAUCUACCCACCUGUGCCACCUCCGUCCCGCUUCAAUCUGUGCUUGUGAAAGGACCGUUAGUUCUGCUCGGCUGCAGCCUCUUUGUGGCAAAGCUAUUACUGGCUGAGCCAGACCGCGGCUGGCUGGUGGGGGCGUGAGACGUCUCAGUGGCUCUAUGGCCCUGUUGUACCCUGCAAGCUGCUCGUUUCCCAGUGUGUGUGUAUUUUUUAGGAGCGUAGGUUGUGAUUUCAAAGAGGAAACAAAACUCUUGUGUGGAAAUUGAGACAAAGAACUUCCCUUUAAGGCAUGCUGGGAUUGCUCUCAACCUCAGACCGCUACUCUUGGUCAGCCGCUGACCAAACCAGUCAGCACAAGGCCAGCAGGGAAAGCCAAGACACACACACAAGUCUUGAAUAUCCCGCUCUUACUUUCUCUCAGUCCCCUGAAUUUGGAUCUAAAACCUCAGCUUAUUGGCCUGACCAUGGCUAUUAACAAAUCAAAGACACCCUGACUGCAGCUAAAACCACUCUUCUUGUUCCCAGACACAUUACUUCUAUCAUCUUCAAUUUUUUUCCCUUCCCUCUGCAAGGGAGCAAAUCCGUAUGGCUACAAUCCAUACAUUACUCAACUGCUUCUUCCACAGUUUCAUCAACAGCUGUCUGUGCCUAAUGUGUCUCACAGACUUGUGUCUACAUUUAUUACAUAAGGGCUAAGGUAUUUUUUGCAUUGAGUCCUCUCAGUGACAAUGCACGUGACAACCUUUCCAUUUUUUUCUUUUUUUUUUUUUUUGAACUGUGUUUUGUGCAGUCUACCCUGCAGCAGAGAAUGUUCUCUUUUACAUUUGCGUUUUGUGCCACAUAUGACAAUAGACUAUGCAUGGUUUUAGUCUCUCUCUGAGGGACAGGCCCUUUUUUUCCUGAAAGGAGUCCCCCUGUGUGCUCUGUCAAAGGCCUUAUCUUGUUGGCCAUCUGAUGGCAAGGGAAGGGUGUGUUUCAGUGGAAUGCACACAGGCUUUGUCCACUUGCUAUGCACACACACAAACAUGAAAACGCUUUGUACAAAUGUGCACCUUUAUGUGGACAUUCUCAUUACCUAACCCAAACAUAGUCAUUCACAGCUGCAGCGGUGUUACUUACGACACCAAAAUCACGUUUUUCAUCUGCAAAUAUUUAGCCAAAGAGCAAAGAGCAAGGCGUGCAGCAGAUGCAGGCCUGCCGACUGCAUGCCUCUACCUGACUACCCCAAGCUUCAGACCAUAGUGUGAAGUUCCCAUAGAGUGUUUUGUCUGCGUGACCCUGUCUGUUCCUUGUGGCCCAGACCUCCUCCUAAACCUGCUGCACAGUCCUCACACAUAUACUCGCACAUGCUGGAACACAUGGCCAACAAUGCUGACUUUCUCAGCUGUAACUGCUGGUGGGCACCAAGCCAGGCCCCCACAGCUUUACGUGAGACACGGCCCUGAUGUGUCCCUUUGCGGAGCAACUUUAUAAAACCUGAGGACGGACCAGAAACCCACGGAGGGCAGCUGGACUGAGACAGCUUUGUUCUCAUCUGACUUGCUUCCAAAGUCAGUCGGUGAACAGAACUCACAUUGUGUGCUUUUUCCAUGAGUAAACUCAGGCUGUCAACACAGCCUCCUCUGCCUGGCCGAGCCGCUCGGGUUCGGGAAAAGACUGCGCUCCUUGUAUGCAUGCUUAAAGGGAAGAAAAACUCCAUUUAGAUAGGAGGUGUGUUUUUUUUCUUCAAUGAGCUGCUGAAUUGCCAGAAAUAUGCUUUGUUUUCAAAAGAGGCCAUUCUGUGGUAAUGAAGCAAUUUCCGUAUCCCACCUCUUCGAAACCAGCAUCAGGUGCGUGUGUGGAUGUGUGUCUGUGUGACUCUCUAGAUAUUGUUGCAUGUUGUUCAGCGAGGUCAAAGGUUUCCCGUUCUAUGCUAUCUUACAGUCGCACAGAAGCACAUGUUUUCUAAUCUGCAAAGAGCAUUUAUCAAGCAUACCAAAUCAGGCCUUUGUGUUUGUGCAGGCUGGAGUAUGACCACCAUUGUGAUGCAAAGAUUGGUUCAGUGGUUGCUGACUCACUAAUUAUAGCCAUUUUUGCUCAGAGAUAGAGCACAAACAGCACAGGAUAAAAUCCAUUUGUUGCUGACUUUUUCCAACCACUCUGCUGCCUAUUGUGCUUAUAAAUGCGCCGACUAGAAAAUUAUAUUAAUUGGACCUGCAAGGGCUGGACCAUUUCCACAGAUGGAUACAAUUCAAUUCAUUUGAAUGACAAUAGUAUGUCUGCCAGCUGCUUUCCCAGCCCACUCAAACCCUCGCCAUUAUCACUCGUGAAAGAGUAAUCAGCCUCCUCUGGGAAACAUACAAUACACAGAAAAAGGGGUUUUCAGUGCAGAACGUUGUGCAAGAUCGUCCCAGGAUAUUUUCUAUGGCGUUAAACAGUGUUAGGUUUUCAUAUGCAAAACCGGUCUUCAAAUGAGCAGCAGACUACGUUAGACUUUAUUGGAAGUAAAACAUUCGCCAAUCAGAGCAUCCAAGUGAAGUUUAUUUAACUGCAGCACAGGAACGAGGCCAAAAACCGUUAAAAGGGUUGUAGCCUCCCUUAAUUCAGGGGUUUUCCCCUCAUUUUCUAUGACACCAUUCAGCUACAAAGUUUAUCAAUGAGAGCUUUGUGGCAGUCCUCACUGUUCCCAGGUUGCUAGAGUAAACAGUACAGUACAGAUACCUCACACUCCGGCUCUAUUUAUCUGGAGCCAGAAAACCCAACGUUUCCCUUAUCCUCAAUUUCAUCUGUCAGAAAUGUUACGCCCACCCACCAAAACACAGCAGCAACAGUCUCAGAGCCGACCUGUUUAUUCUGGGUCAGGUAGACAUCAAACACCAACUCAAAUGUGAAGCCUGCGGGGAAUCAGAUCAGGUCAGGGAGUUUAUCUGAAAGCUAAUAUUAAAGAUCAUAAAAAAUGAUGCAGAGGAGUUUGAGGUAGGGUAAAGGAGAAGCAUUAUCAGGGUACUCCGAAGUCUCAACAAGAAGCUGUCCCCAGUUCAGUUGCCACAUCAUGUUGCAAACCCAGAGGUAUCCACUUACAUGUCUUCAAAUAUCAGGGAUGAGGCAUAUCCUCUGAGGGACUGGAGCCAGCAGUAGUCUGGGAACUCUAUCAACAAAACUCAGCUUCUGGAAAUGCUACCAAAACCCUGAGCAAUGUUACGCAACCUCAGCCUGUAUCCUUCCCUUUUCUCAAAAACCAUAUGUAUGCAAAGAUUGUCAAGUAUCUCCAGUACUAAAUCAGUCUAUUUAAUUAAACUCUCUUGAGAGGAAGUCAUCUGUUGACACAUUUGUCCCUUAAAUGUCGGUGAUGAUUUAUAUAACAUUUAAUUACCAGAUUUCCCUCUUUCUCAUCCGUAAUCUCUCUACUGUUUAAUGCUUCUUUUCCCUUCUCGCUCUCAUCUGUCAAAGUGCGACAGAUGGUGCAUUUACCGUAAUUUUUGUAAAGGAUCUUGAAAAUUACUUCGUGAUUGACGAUUACAGAUUACAGGACAGGAUUUGAGUAUGCGCCCCCCUGUCUCUCUCUCUUCUGCUUUCUCUGUAUACACCACAGUGACUCUGAGAACCAAAAUAAACACAUCCCUUUGGUUUGGUAAUCCAAUCUCUGUAAGGUAGCUACUGUUCUCAUACAAUGUCUGUACAGAGGGGCGCUCCACUUUUCUUUUCCUGAACCAGCUCCAAAAUACACCCCUGAGCCCCUUGCCCAGAUUUCCAGUACCUCUGCACCUCUUCCCCACCUCACAGGGGGCAACAAAGCCAUUAUUUUGACUCAGGCGAAUGAAUAGACAAAUAAAUCCUGGUAUGCUAAGUGAAGAGGAGAUACUGAACUGUAAGAAGGAGAGCUCUGUUGAAGGAGGGCAGCUUUUAAUGACUGGUUUUAUAUUAUGAGGGUUGUUUACAUUGUUAGCUCAUCUAGCUAGUCUGGGUGGGAUCGGCGGCCCGGAGGAUUCACGGAGAGGCUUGUGAUGUCUACGGCACUGCUCACACUUCUCUGAUAGGACGCUGUGAGGCUGUCACAGAGUGAAGUGGAGAGCUGAUGACUAAGCAUGUUGGGUGACUGUGUGAAGUCAGCUUUUAGAGCGUAACACGAGUUGCGCUCUUCUUUAGUAGCUCAACUUAGGAGGCUGACCUGAAAACACUCACACUGACAUGCCGGAGCAGAAAAAAGCUUCCUCUUUAAGCAUAGUGUCAGAGCUAUGACAAGUUUAGGGUGUUUGCAAGAGUUUUUGCAUGUAUUUGUGUCACAAUAUAUAAAUUCUGCACGUUUGUAUGUUUCAGAGGAGCUGAGGUGUGCAGGAGUGACGUGUCCCACCCUGCAGGUGCCUUCUUGCCCUAAGGAUUCAGUCCUGACCACAAGUUACACACCCCCUGCUGGUUGCUGCCCCUCCAUCCCACCUCAGUGCACUUGCGACCUCCGUGUCUGCCACAAGCCCCAGUGCCCGAGUGGACAGCGCACUGUGCCAAUCAGCCAGGCCAGCGGUCAGCCAGGAGACUGCUGUGAUGUCUUCGAGUGCCAGAAAGGUGACUGCACACUACACAAAGCAUUUCGAUUGCCCUCCCCCCCAUUGAGGGUAGCAAUAGCACAGUUGGUGUGAGAUUCCUCGCCUCUAAGGAAGCAAUUAUUUUCCUCAGAGUGAGGCUUUCUUCCCUGCUGACCAAAUGUCCACACAUGAAAAGAAAAGUUGCUGAUUGGAUAAUUACUGUUGGGCUGUUUAUCGAGCUAAGCCGAUGCCUCCCAGGGCUAAGACCACAGUUCAAAGACAUUUUUUUCAAGGGUGUUCCCACAAAUCAUCCCAUUGCCUGAAGAGAUAUUAAUACAGUUUAAUUGGUCUUUUAAAGCAGACUGCUGGUGUAGUGUUUUCUCACAUGCUGCGGAGGAGAUAUAGAUGAACUGCAGGGGGAAAGAAAAGAGAGCAAGCAGAUGUCCAUCACAUAUAGAAAGACCUCAGCACCCAGAGGCAACCAGGAGAGUCAGAAAGGCAGGGAGGGGACCUGCCGUAUUGGCCUGUUUGCUCUACGCUCCCAACAAAUAUUCGCUGUUUUACCAACAGAACAAAUUCCCAUUCUGGCUCCUCCACAUGCAUAAAUGUGUGCCGUGUCCUGGAAUUAAUGGACUUAACGAGCCCAGUGACCAGAAAAGUGCUUAGGCUACGAAUUUGCUCAACAGAAGUGCAGUGUCAAAGGGUUCCUGUCUGGUCACACGUCCAAAGGGAAAAGGUUCAACAGUUCAUUGAUGGGAAUGCUUUUUAUGUGCUCCAGUCUGCCAGUGGGGAGGGUAAUCAAGUCCGGCAGGCCGGCGGGGGCUGAAUGGCAGCCGCGGGGGCCAUGGGAUCAGUGUUUUGAUAACAAGUGUCUGCUGCUCUUUGGGCCCAGGGCUUGAUGCCUUUUGUACCGCCCUACCGUCCGUUAGGCCUGCAUGACUGCGCGCCGUGUCAGAGGGCUGUACAGACAGGGGCAUGGACAAGGACACACACACUGGGCCCCCUCGUCACCUCUCUUGUCCUGCAGAGGCCCCUAAAGCUUUGGCUACAAAUACUGUAUCUUAAAGUUGAAGCGACUUCCAAAUAGUUGACCUAUUCUUUGAUGGAAGACCCUUCAGCGUGGCCCCCAUUGUCUCCGUGUGUCAGGCUUGGACUGAUUAACUUGUUUCCAUUGCCCUCUUGGCUCAGGCCUCACAUUUAGUCAGGGUCAGUGUGCACAGUGACAAUGAAUCCCACCUGUGUGUUUUGGCUUCCAUUGACGAUAGACUCUUUCCACUGAGUUCAGGCCAAACCUGGCAGCACUGACUAAUCUAAUGUCAUCUGAUGUAACAAGUAAACUUGUUUGAUCCUUCCUCACUGAUGCCAGCAUUUCAUCAACACUUAAGCUGACACAUACUCUGAAUAUAUACCACGUCUGUCUGCUCUGGAAACAGAGAGGGUUUUGAAUUGCACAUGUCCCUGCGAGAUUUAUGAUUGGAUUUGUUUCAUUUUUGGUUCUCAGGGAGCUCAGCUUGAGUUUGCUCUAAACACACAGAAACCAUGUCCUUAGAGACUGAUUAAUGAUGGUGUUAUUAAAGUAAGUCGAGCUCAUAUUUCUUGUUUGUCAUCUGUUAUUCAAAACUGAUCAAGAGUAUCACUGUUAAAGUUGAUUUUCAAUCAAUCACUUGUUUUCUUCUAUGGGAAACGUCUGAGCUCCUCUUUGUGGGUCUUUGAUUCAUUCCUCUGUAAACCACAGGGAGCACCAGCAAGACAGGCCAUUAUUGAUGAUUUAGACCGGCUUAAGGUCAACGUUUUAUGGCCUAUCCAAUCCUCACCUCAAUUUAGAGAAGACUGCACAUCACAAAGCAUGACAGGAAUUUAGACUCUGUGCUGCAAGUUGUUUUUAGGGAUUACCAUUAACAAACACUGCGGAAAUCACAUGUGAGCAUCCCCUCGUGUGACUUCCUAUUGCUUCUGUGAGCGUUAAAAAACGUUGCCGUGCCUUUUGAUUUCGGCCAGCUAAAGUGCUUAUUGCAUUUUCUCUGCUUGGUUUUGCUGCACGCGAAGCGGGAUGGCAGGGAUGCCGAGUAGGAAAGUGAAGGAUGGAAGAGAAAGAUGGCAUGGAAGAGAAUAAAAGAUCAACAAAUCCCUGUCUUCUUUCAACUCAGUUAGCCCACCUGCUUUGUGUUAGGGUGCAGAGCUGCUUUUUCGGGAGGCAUGGGGUCAUUUGCACAGACACUUUGAGUCUGCGCUCAAAGGCAUGGCGUGCAGAUGCCGUUGUAACCAGUGCUUACUUUUAUGGAAACCACUGGCCCCACAUCUGCUGACAUCUUUGCAAUACAUCUACUUGUUUAACUAGUACGGCUGCUCCCCUGUGAGCUCGGAGGCUUUCUUACAUAACCGCAGUGCUUUGAUUCCUUCAUGUUGGUGUGUGGUGGAUCAAAAGUUAUAGUGUGGUUAGUUGAGAUCUUAAAAUGUUGAGUCCUCCAAACCAUUGUCAUGCAUUAUGCUAGUUCUUUGGGUACCACAUACUGCAAAACUACCGACAGUAUUUUAAAUUGAUCAAUCUUACUUGCUUCAUUUAGAUUUUUCACUUUGCAAUCAAACACACGCAUAUAAAUCAACAGAAGGUUCAUUCAUACCUAUUCUGGCUUUAUUAGGCCUGUUUUCUAGACAAAAGACCAGACUGUGGUUUUCCAAUAGUGCUGUAACUAAGCUCAUUUAAGUUUUUUCAAGAGUGAACACAGAUAAAAGAGCUUCUAAGUGCUGAGACACUGUUGGGUAGGCGGACCACAGCAUUGAUUCACUCCACCUGCCACCAGAACUCUGAGCCCAGAUUCUGCCAAAGCGGCAGACCCACCACUGUUUUCUUUUACUCCACAGUGCAGGAGUCCAACGCCUUUUCAAGAUGUUUAUAAAUCUCUGUGAAAUUCCUUGACAUGGACUUGGCUUUGCUGUCUGAUGAUUGCCAUUCUGCCCCACGGGCCAUCAGUGUCUACCUCAUCAUCAUUUGGUCAUCAUUAGCAGAAAGUGAAUGCAUGUUUAUGGCUUUGUAAUGACUGUGGACAGUUGUGAAGGACUCUCACUGAUCAAGCUUGACAUUUAUGUUCAAAUCUGCAUACAGUCAGCACGAGGGGAAAAUCCUUGUGCUAAUCUUUGCCAAAUGUGAUGGACACCUGACGGGCCUUGCUGCUCUGUUUGUCAACCCCUGAGUGUGUUAAGAAUUAUCAUCUCCAUAUGGUGCUCUGUUCAACGAUUACCACAUCUGUCUGACUCUUCCUUUUCCUGGUUUUCUCAUCAGUGUCUCCCAAGUGUGUCCACAACGGAAAGGAGUUUUCUGAGGGUGAGGUGUACCGCAUGGACCCCUGCUGGCUGUGUCAGUGCCGGGGAGGGAUCUCCUUCUGCUCUAAGGCAGAGUGCGCCGAGCUGGACUGUGAAAACUUCUACAUCCCUGAUGGCGAGUGCUGCCCUGUCUGUAUAGGUAAACGCAUUUAUCUGCUUAUUUUGUUAAAAUGACAGUAUGAGUCUUUUCCCCCGCUAGACAUAACACUACACUAAAACUACACCUGUGUAUGAGCUUCGAGUGACGUGGUGUUAUGUAGAGUAGAGAGCCUGUAUGGCCAGCUUGCGGGCUGUAAAGGUGAUAUCAAAAUCCACCUUGCCUUACUCUUACCUCCAGUGACCCUAAUUUAAUUGCUUCCUCAUAUAACCAGCCUCCACAGUUGUUAACAUACCGGGCAUACAAGAGGCGCACUACAGCGCCAGCCAUGGAUUCGUUUCCACCUAAAGAGACUGAAGAACAUAAAAGCUUUCAUUUUGAGUGUUCGGCUCGGCCAUGUUAUAUCUGGCUCCAGCUUAAUAGGGGGGACCCACUCUCAAAAACAUAUGUGCUCAAAGCCAGGUAGGGAGCUCUGAUACGUGCACUUUGGGUAGUUAAAGAAACAGGGUUAUAGCACAUAUGGCAACCACAUUACAGCCUGCCAAAAGCCGGUGGAUGGAGACAGUAGCCAACAUUGGCCGCUGCAUUACUGGCUAGAGUUGAUGGAGCGCAAGAGAAAGAGUGAAGAAGAGAAAGAGCAAGACUGCAGGAGGAUCAUGUUAGGUCAAUGCUGGAAGUACACCUGGAAUAUGGAGGCAUUUAAAUGGUAUGGAAUGCUUUCAUCUUCUUCUUAUGGAAAGCUGCUCCUACUUACAGCACGGCUCACUGCAGAGAACAUUUCCCUUAAAACUCUUAAUCUGGAUUAAGAGAUAUUUUUAAGGCUAUCUGGUUCUCAUUACACACCAAGCUGUACUAAUCAAUAUUUCUUGACUAAAUGACUGUAAUGAAAAAAGGAUCACUCAAAAUGCUUACCAGACUCUGCUGUUCCUCUCAUCUUCAUUGAGCACUUUGGUGACUUUCUGCUAAUUGUUUUGGUUUUAUUGUCCAUAAAUUUGCCUUUUGUCCUUUUAACAAAUCUCAUCAGCUGCAACAGGCAGCUGGUUUCAGUGAAGGCUUUGAUUUAUCCACAAACUCAGCAACAGAUACUCUCAUGCACCAUUUAGUGGAUUUCAAAGUUAAUUAUCAAUUUUAUUGUGACUUCCUGGAGACCAAAAACAGACCAAAGAAGAAAGUGAAAGCUUAAGUGAGACAAAACAGAUGGCCAGCUAUCAAACUCCCAAACUAAAUUGAAGUUUUUGUAUGUAGUAAGUUCAAAUAUUUUUGUCUACUUGUUCUUGUGUCCAAAAAAAAAAAAAAAGAGUUGACUAACUGCAGAAGAAACUCAAGAGUCAUUUGCAAAUAUAUUUCCUGUUUUUGGUUGCAACUUGAAAGUAUUGCUUCUAUGAGUUUGUGCCACUUAGCCAGAUAAAAUUUAUAACAUUUCUGAAAAGACCAAAAAGCAGUUUAGGAUAAGGAUGUUGCUCAUCACACACAAGUGCUGUAUGUUUAGUGGGUUAAAUGUUUGGACUGAAGGCAGGCCAGUUUUAUAACCUGGAUUUUCCCCCUAUGGAGUUUGGCAUCUUCCUGUUGAAAUAUUAGAGGUCAGCGCUAAAAGCAGCAUAUGAUACUCAAAUAACUUCACAUAUUGGUCGGCGUUAAUGGUGCCUUCCCCACAUAUGUGUAAAAGCACUAAAGCAUCUCUGUACAACACUGGCUUUUAAACUAUGCUCUGAUAACAAGCCAGGUGGUCCCUCUCUUUAGACAGGAGGUACAGUGGCUUCCACUACAAAGUAACGCUUGUUUUUGAUGCAGGGCCCCCAAAGGGCUGAAAAAUCACAGCCAUCCUUUAUUUGUUUUCUGUCUUUUUUGAGAGGAUGUUUCUCCAAAUUCUCCAUCAUAAUGAAAUUCACAAUUCUUUGUGGUUCUACAUUGAAGGAUAUUUUCCUGAAACUGUUGCAGUCUCACAGAGUGGUGAACCUCUUCCUGUCUUCACCUCUGUGGGACUCAACCCUUCUAGAAAACCUUUUUAUACCCACUUGUGUUACUAACCUGGUUGGAGAUGUUCCUUUGGGUGUUUAACUGUGGAGUCACAUUUUCAGGGUUUUGUUGACUCUUUUGAAAUGUUUUUCCAGAAUCAAAUAAAAUAAAGAGUUUAAAUAAUUUCCAAACCAUCAAAAUCUGCUUUUUCUAACCUUUUAUACAGUGUCUUGAUGUUUUUGGAAGUGGGGUUUUACAUUUCAGGAUCAGGAAAAGAUAACAGGGACUACUUUGUCGACAGGGGCGCUGAAAUUGGCAGAAACUGAUAGUUCUUCCCGGGAGCCUUAAGUUUUAGCAUAAGGGUCAAGGUACAGUAUAGGGGAGGUCAAGUUUUGAAAAUGAGAGGCAGCUUGUAGAGAAGAGAAAGAUCAGUCAUCACCAGAUGGAUGGACCUCCGCAGCCAAACCUCAUCUUGGAUCAUAUAGGACAAAUGUGACCCUUUCUUCAAAGAGUACAGCACUCUUAACCCCCUGACAUACUUUACCAAAGCCACAUCAGCACUAUAACACAGAGAAUAUAAAUGAGGCUGAGACCAACUUUGAACUUGCCUCUUUUACCUCUAAAAAUUGUAACAAAAGCUAGUAAAACACUUUAUAGUAAAGGAAAAAGGGUCUUUAGAGCAGGCUGAGACCACGUAUGCCACCUCAUGCUGUGCAGAAUAAGGAGAACAGUUUCAUAGAUUGGCUCUUAAACCGUCUCAAACGGUUCCCACUUAAGACUAAUAGCUACAGAUCUACUUUUAAAGGCUCUUUCAUUGGUUUGGAGUGAAAGUUAUAGUAUCAAAUACUGACCUAGCCUCUGGCUUUAGGGAUCACAGCUGAAACUCAUAUGGAUGUAUUUCUAGCAAAAAGGUGAGUGGGCUCUAAUGGGACUGGCAGUUUUAAUGUCAUAACCCCUGCUGUGUUUUCCAAUGAUCACAUCUCUUUAGGGAUAACACAACGAUACCCUAAAACGUAUCUGUCUCAUUUCUACGUCAAUCCUUAAACUGUGUAUACUGUCACAAAGCCAGGGGCCUCUCCCCUUUUUACAUGUAGGUAGGUCAUCUACAUUCGACUGUGUACUCUCCGUAGCUCUUGGUGACGAGCCAGUUUCCAUAUCUUGUUAGCUCCCUUGUGGAGUAUCCUGCUUCCCUCAGCUCUGCUCUCAGUCAGUCUCCUGUUAAUUCAAUUACAGUGGAGGAUGUUGUAUAAGAUACAUACGUCUGUAGCUGAGGGUUUAAAUUCCAUUCAUGGUAGCCAAACUAAACUAUACAUGUGACUUAUACAUGUGCUUAGAAACAGAUCAAAGGUUCUCCUUCUCUCUCACUUCAUUCUUUCACACAUGUCUCUUUCUUUCCUCCCAGAUGUGGAGUUGCUGUCGAUGGAUAGCACUAAAGCCAGCUGCUGGGUGAAUAAUAAGCUGCGAGCUCACGAGGAGCAGUGGAAAGAGGAUGACUGCACCUUCUGCCAGUGUGUGGAUGGAGACCCACACUGCACAGCAAUGGCCUGCAAACAGAGCUGCCAAAACCCCGUCAAGAUCCCUGGGGAGUGCUGUCCUUUCUGUGAAGGUAUGAAGAGUCGUUCACCAAACAAAAAACGGCGUGUCUUUUAUGAUUAUCACAUCUGAUAAAUAAGUCUAUACAUUAUGAGGCACACUUUAGCCCACAUACCACAUGCAGGAGGCUCCUCUGGCCCCACAGCUUUGCCACAGAGGCCAUGUCGGCAUGGGCUCAUUAAAGAGGAGGCCACCGAGCAUUCUUCAAGCUGCAGGGUUCUUUGUGUUCCUUUAUUAUCGCUGCCCGCCAAAAAUGAGACCCACCUGUGCGUGUGGGGCUGCACUUUUAACACGGGACGCUGCAUAAUUGAAGUGGAUCCUUUUUUUGUAAGUGUAAUUAGUUACAGCUCAUUGGGCCGCUCCUCCCACCGAACGUGGCGAGAGAUGUUUGACGGGAACAGUGACUGUGUUUUUCCAGACUGUUGUUGUGGCUUCACAGUCAAGCUGGCUCUGAUUCAAGAGGGUCCAGGCAGUGCUGGCAUCAUCUGGGAGUCCAGGGGACACAAUUAUUUCUAAUGGUAGAUCUAGACACAUUCAACCUAUAAAUGGGAGACAGUUCCUCACGAUAUGAUAGAGACCAAAUCCCCUCACGGUGUGACCCACCCUGCUGUAAUUGCUCUAUAUUUAUCUGUAAUCACUGUUUACUUGAAAAUAGGAGCAGAGUAAAUAGGUAGCUAUUACUGUUGGCUCAAAAGCACGGAGGUAUUAUACCUGAGAGGGUCCUUAAACACUUAAAGCAAACUCAGAGAAAUUCACAAAAUAAAUCAUUGCUUUAUUCAUUUUUGUGUGUUCAGGCUGAAUAUUGAAGCUUUUUUUCAAAACUUUUGUCUUCUACGAUGUUUUUGUUUUUUAGAGCCUUCCUAUGAAACAGUCAGCCCCAUGCUCUGUCCUCCGCUGGAAAACUGCUCCCUGUCAGUCGCUGACUGCCCCUACGGCUUUCAACAAGAUAACAAUGGAUGUCUGCUUUGCCAGUGUCUCAGUAGUAAGUACACCUUUUUCAUCUUAUAUUGGACCCAGAGGUUAAAGUAUGAGGGUUUAAAUCAAUACAAUGCAUAUCUUCUGACAUACAGCUUUUCAUUCAUUUAUAAAAUGGUUCAUCUAUAAAGGCCAGAAAGGUAAAAAAAAAGUUUUGUACCUGGCUUUUCAUUCACUUUGUUAGUACAGCAAAAAUAAAUAAAUAAAUAAAUAGUUUAUUUUUACAGAAGCUUCUAUAUGUCCAUAGCUUGGACAAAGGUUAAUUUUAGGAGGUUCCAUGCAGUCUUCAUUUUGUUUAGGGUUAUAAUGAUAAAUAUACACUCACCGGCCACUUUAUUAGGUACACCAUGCUAGUAACGGGUUGGACCCCCUUUUGCCUUCAGAACUGCCUCAAUUCUUCGUGGCAUAGAUUCAACAAGGUGCUGGAAGCAUUCCUCAGAGAGCUUGGUCCAUAUUGACAUGAUGGCAUCACACAGUUGCCGCAGAUUUGUCGGCUGCACAUCCAUGAUGCGAAUCUCCCGUUCCACCACAUCCCAAAGAUGCUCUAUUGGAUUGAGAUCUGGUGACUGUGGAGGCCAUUUGAGUACAGUGAACUCAUUGUCAUGUUCAAGAAACCAGUCUGAGAUGAUUCCAGCUUUAUGACAUGGCGCAUUAUCCUGCUGAAAGUAGCCAUCAGAAGUUGGGUACAUUGUGGUCAUAAAGGGAUGGACAUGGUCAGCAACAAUACUCAGGUAGGCUGUGGCGUUGCAACGAUGCUCAAUUGGUACCAAGGGGCCCAAAGAGUGCCAAGAAAAUAUUCCCCACACUAAUAUUAAGGGACCUUAAUAUUAUACUGUUGUAGGUGUUGAAAGAGUGAAUCAUUUAAACAUGAAAUUAAUGAAUGAAAUGUAAUGACUCAUUAAUGACUAAAACUGGACUAAUAUUAAUAUUCAGGGCCAAAUUGACUAAAAUGUGACUUAAAUUCAAAGUCAUUGAGCCCAAAGACAAACACUACAUCUAGACUAGCUACCAAAAUGAUCACUGGAUCUAUGUCACAAGGUUGUAUCCACUGGGGACUCCAAUGUAACUUGUCUCCUGUCACUUUUGAUUGAUUGUGUUGCCCAUGUUUAAAAUGACUUCUUCCUCUUCUCCCUCAGAUGACUCCUGCCCCGACCUGGGGACAUACUGUUCCUUGCAAUGCCCCAUGGGAUAUGAGAGGGAUGACUUUGGCUGUGAGGUGUGUGAGUGCAGCAUCCCCAUACCCAAGUGCCGACCUCUGACCUGCACUAAGACCUGCCCUUAUGGAUAUGUGUAAGUGUCCUUAGUGAACUCACAUUUGUCAUCCUUCAUCAUCCUACACUCAUUCAUCAUCCCUGUUUUUUGGCAUCUAUAUGACUGUCAGUGGCAUCAAAUGUGCUACAUGCUGUACAUUGCUCUUCUGUAAAGAGACCCUACUUUUUUAUUACUCCAAAAGAAGUUCAACACUAGUAUUUUGAAUCACUGCCCAGAGGCUGGUACCUAUUUGAUCCUGCUCAAAAGGAGUGAAAACAGGAUAUUGCAACACAAGUUUGGCACCUGAAAUCAAAGGGCCAACCUUGGUGGUCAAUCCCAGGUCUGUGAGACCGAGCGUGCAAGUUUAUGGUGAGUAAUUUGCUGUAAAGUCACAAGCCUUUCAGCCCCCCUACAAAUCCCCUCCUCUCAAUCCCAUUUAACCUAAUCAAACAUCUGGAAGUACUUUCUACCAGGACUCCUGCUCCCCAGGCACCACUCUCAUUUCAUAAAUCAUCAUUCUGUCUCAAAACAACGAUCAAAAAGACAUCAGCACAAAAGCGGCCUGUAUGAGAUGUUUACAGUAAGGAAUCUUCUGGUAUCUCAGCCACUCUCUGUGGAACCACAGCUCGAGAUGAGUCUGAUAUGCCUGCACAGGAGAGAAGAGAAGUGAGGAGAGAAUGACUGGGACCCUGUGGAGAAAAAAGAACAGGAAGUCCUGUCUUUAUCCUUCAAAAGCAGCUGUUAAGGUCCAGCCUCAGAUGUCAGAAAUCCUCUGAGAGCUUGCCAGCUUCACAAUGCAGAUCUGUCCUCUCAGAUCGAACCACUGCAUGCAGCCACCGCAAAGAAACAAAAGGCACAAAGGAUCUUUGUGUCUAUCCUGGUCUCAUUGAUGACAUCCUUUUGGGAAACUGUAAUGUACAUAUCUGAAACUGACAGAUCACGCCUGCGUUAUUAACAACACACAACCAUGUGCCGAACAUUCCUGUGGAUACACUGAUAGAAGUCUUUUUUUCCGUUCCUUGUGGUUUGGAAAUCAUCACUUCGUCCUCUGAGGUUAUGAAUGGCGUUCUCCUGGCCAUCAGAGUUGCAGCACACUGGAAAUUGUGCAGAGCCAGCAGUCCCAGAGCUUGGCCCCCAGUGUCUCCCCAAGCCCCUCUAUCCCCCUGGAGCCCAAAGCGCUGCUUGGCAUUCCACACACCACCUUUAAACAAAGCCUUGCUCUAAGGUCGCAGCACUCUCUGUCUCUGUAUUUGUACAGUGAGGCACUGACCAAGCCCUCUCACUGUUGUUUCACUCGCUGUUAUUGCUGCUUCAGCAUAGAUAGGCUGCUCUGUUUGCUGAGCCUUGACAUGCUCUAUCCUCUUUAUGGGACGCAACACCCAUCCACGGGUUUGUGGGCUUCUUUUUGCUUCCGUGGCAGAUGAAGAUUAAUAGAGCAAUUACCCGUGCCUAAUGAGGCUGCAGCCUUGUAAAAUAGGCAUCAUCACUUACUCUGAGAGAGAGGCAGAGAUUGGCCCGAACAAGAUACAGGUCAUUCUUUUAUUUAAUACAUCAAGCUGCAGCUCAUCGAUGUUUUAUAACAAGGAUAAUUGCACCUAAGUGUGCUAUUUCCAGCUCCUGUAGCCUCUGCAGUCCAUACUUCUGAACGAUACAUUCUGAUCUGAACGAAAGCUUAAUUUCAGUUGAUUUUUCUUCACUUGUUACUUUCAAGAGCCAUAUCCUAUUUCUCUUUAUUUUGUCUGCUCCCCUGUAGUCUUGAAUCAACAUGUCCAUGUAGCUCCUAUCUCGAUACUUCUCUCUGGUGCUCUUAUAUGUCUGCUUAAGGCCUUCGGAGCAAUGGGGAUGGCAAUAGAGUGAAUUGGAAGCAUCUGAAUUGGCUCAAGACUGUUCUUUUCAAAGUCUUUGCACUGGUAUGAUGUGCAAACCACGGGGAUCUCACGUGUUGGCCUUUUAUUUGGCCCUUCUUUAAAGGAAGCUUAUAUAGAAAGAAGGUAAGCAGGCCCAGAUGUUGAUUAUACUACUCUUGGACAUAUGGGUUUCACAACACUAUGCUGCACUACAGACCUCUGCUCAUCUCAAAGGAAUCCAUGACUUGAAUUCAUCUUUAAUCUGGCUCUGUUACAUAAACUCGAGGCCCGUGGUUCCUGACCUUUUUGGCCCUUGACCACACAGACAUUUGGCAUACACACAACUUUUGCUAAAACCGAUUGGUUUUCAGUUGUACGUUAGAUUUUAUAAAGUGUUGCAUUCAUUUAACAUUGCAUUCAGGUCAUUUUGUGUAUAUUAUUGUGGCCAGGAUGAAAUAAGCGCACAAUAGUGAGUUAUCUCGUGUUUCUCUGUGAAAGCUAUUAUCAGACCACUUCAUGAGGAAAACAGCACAAAGCUGCUUCACUUUGAGAGUCUGUCAUAUCUCUAGUGCAUUAUGAUGGUCUCUCUAAACUCACUAUAUGCGAUGGGAUAGCCGAGUUUGAACAGCUCACCGCAACCUUUCAAAGUCUGGUGGCGUAGCAGACAGGAGGCAUCUUACCUACGACAUUACAUUCAGUAGCGGAGGGUUCUUUGAUACUCAUGCACAGAAGAGCACUAAACCCAGCUUUGCACAAAUAUGUGCCUCCAAAGGGGGUAAACAGUGUUGAAGCAGACGGUGAGAGCUCUGUGUGCAAAUGUUUACAUUUGAGUGAUUUGGAGAGUGGUUGUGUAGCCGUCAUGUGUGGCGCUUGGAGGCUGUGGGAUGCAUGUUAUAAAAGCACAAGAUAGAGACCUAAGAUAUACUAUAAAAUAACAAUAUUUGUAUUUGAGUAUGAUUUAGAUGAUGGAAAUUAACAUGUAUGAGACAACAGAUUGAGGAGCGUUUUAAUUUUUAUUAAAAUAUGUAUUCAUAUAGCUUUAGUCUAUUGAUCGGUAACUAGAAACUUUAGAUGGCCUUAUCAGGAUUUCACACACACAAGCUAAUAGGGGAUGGUGACCACAGACACUAGUACAAGCUUAUGACACCAGGAGUAUAAGAUUUUCAGCCACAGAGAUGUCUAAUAUUUGCAUCAGUAAACCCCCAAAACAACAAUAUAGACAUGAACAACGGUUUAAAUUGACCGCAGACACCUGGCAACUAGCCAAAAGCAGCUACCUGUUGCUCAGAGUGACUAUAUCCAUAAUUCAGUCAGGACCACUUUAGUCAAAAUUAAUUAUUUAUUACAAGCAAACAUUUUUACAUUGGCGGUAUGGCUCUGUUUUGAGAGUUCCCUGCCCUUCCAUGCGCUUGCAUGGGAUGCCACAGCUAUAAGAGGGGAGAGCCCCUCCCCUCCCUUUCAUGUACAUACAUGCAAAGCCAGGGCAGAGAAAGCAGCAGCAAAUAAAUAUGAUGAAGAUAAAUCAAUUAAAAUCCCUCCCACAGAACAGAGCAAGCAUCAGUGACAAUACAUAUGACACUGGUAAGAUCAGACACAACAUAAACAUGUGGAACAGGGGUGGAGAUGGGUUGCAGAGUGGUUGCAGCAGGCAGAGUAGGCAGAAGAAGCAGUUGAAAUAGGGCACAAUUUAGACAUUAGCCAAUAGGAUGUGAAGAGGGCGAUCACCUGAGCUGUCAGCUGACUGAGGACUGGCUUAAGAUCAGUCGACUGUAGCCUUUAGCUUGACUCUGUGUCCUGCCUGAACUACAGCUAUGCUUCAUUAGUAAUAACAUUGACCGUAACUUGGAGAUGAGCUAUUUAAAUAUGCAGGACAAUCCAUGAAGUUUAUACCAUACCAUACCAUACCAAACCUCAUACAUGUUCACAUUUGCUCUGACGUUGAGCAUUUUUAUGGCCUGCACUUGACAUUGACUCGUCAUUGGAGUUAGCCUCCAGUGGUCACUUGGGGCACUGCAGUUUAGUCACUCCUAAUUAAGCUUCUUUUUGACAGAAUCCUCAGUUUGCUGCCUUUUAUAUGCUUCUGCUUUAACGUGUGUGUUUGUGUUCUUGUUGCCCUCAGGAGAAACAAGCAUGGCUGUGAGAUGUGUCGCUGUGUCAAGUGUCCUCCCUUCACCUGCGACAAGCACUGCAGUGAUGGCUAUCAACAAAACAAGAAGGGCUGCUCCAUCUGCAUGUGUAAAGGUGAGGGAACUCUAGUGUCGAUAUAAUUACCUGCAAAAUGCUGCACAAUAAAGGUUCAAAAACUAUGUCUUAUAAAAUGCAAAAUUAUACACUCAAGAUCCCAGAAUACUGAAUCUCUCCUCCGCCUUGAGUGUAAUGGGCAGAUAAACUUAAAAAAAGAACUCAUUAGUUUUUACCCUGGAUGUGUUUGACCCUUUUGCAGCAAGAAUAACCUCCUAAUUAAGAAAAAGGUUUUAUUUGAAACUUGAGGGGAGAAGAUGAAUUGAUAUAAAAGAGCUUUGUAAGAGGACUUGAAUUUCUGCCACUAAGCUGCUACUUCAAUUUCCUCUGACCUCUGGCUACUCCGCUGUGGAGACUUUUAUAUGUGCUUGUUUUGCUUCUUAUUGGUGUUGUCUUUAUCCAGAGCCUGAGUGCGCAGCUCUAAUUAGACCCCCUUAACCCCAACACAUAAAGCAACUGUUCAACGCCAUAUUUAUGCCUUACCACAUUUUAUGUGAUGUUUAUUUUGCCAGUUUAGCUGUUUUAAAAAUAUGUUAGACUCAAAUAUACUCCUGGUUUUCCUGUAUGGUUGGUGACACAAACAGACCAGCACCCACUGCAAAGCACUCCUGUUUACCUAAUUUAAAACUCCUCUAUCAGUCUCUUUGUUGGCCUUUAAAAACAUUUAAAGAUCAGGAACUGUUUUUGGAGGUAUGACUUCUUCAUGCAUGUUUUAAUAUUAGAGCAGAGACAUCCAAACAUCUGCAAGAUCAUGGUGUACUCCGCUGUGUCCGCCCUUGUUUCUAAUCCAAGAAGAUCUGUAGUUUUAAGAGCUAUGCUGAGUUUAACACAUGCUGGGACCAAGUUACUGGCUACUUUCUCCCCUCAUAAGCUCUUUGUGUCCCACAGCUGAGACUUCUCGUUCUAUAUCUGUGAACAUAAUGUUGGGGAAUUUCUGCUAAGCUUCAUUUGUGGCCGCAUCUAAACUGGCUAUAGAAAUAUAAGUUCACAUGAAAGAGGAUCAAAUAUUAAUUGUGGAAAAAUAACCACUUCGCUCUUGCUGUAGCCUCUAAUGAAAUUGGACCUCCGAUAAUAACACUGGCCCUUGUUACUGUAAAUCAUAAACGUACUUAAUGAAAUUUCCACAGUGAAUUUACAACCUUGCCUGAGGAGGCUGUGUUGAUUUUUUAACAGCUGUUUCACAAGCCCUUGGCCACCUCAGUAAUGUACCUUUAAUGUCUGUGUCUUUAGAAAGCGGCCACGACCCGAGCACAGCUGCCCCCGCUCCAAUGCCUGACUAUUGCCUCACCUCUAACGGGCAUCGGUAUGAGGAAGGUGACGGCUGGCAUGACGGCUGCCGUGACUGCUACUGCCACUCUGGACGAGAGAUGUGUGUGCUCAUAUCCUGUCCCGUGCCCAGCUGCUCUAAUCCUGUGGUGAAGCCAGACCAGUGUUGCCCCACGUGUGAGGGUAUGUCUCCAUAUUUCAUACGUUACUUCAUUUUAUAUCUGGCUUUACAGAAUGAUUCUUGGUUUGUCUUUAUUGAAAUAUAUUUUUGUUUUUUUUCCAUUAUUUCCACUCAAACAAUGAUGUACUACUCACCAACUUAAUUACUGACAUCUGAGAAUGCAGAACAUUGCGCAAAAGAGGACAAAUGGCUUUCACAAAGCCGCGUGUAAGCCCAAAUCCUUUUAAAGAGACAGUAGGGGACUGAUGAAUUUUUGGCUGUCCUUGAAAACAUCCAUCAAAGUUGAUAGACCAACCUGGCUCAGGCUUUGACCUACAAUUCACAAUGCUUUCUUCCAUGACUUUAUUGCAACAUUGUUCCUAAAUCACAGCAAUUGCUUUGUUUAGCACAUCCCACAUGGAAAAUAAGCGAGAAGAGGGCCAAAACUACUGAAACCAGAAAGAAUUAGUCACUCAGAAUAAUACUUUAAAAAUGUAUUCUCCAUUUAACAAGACAGUUCCCCCAAUAACGCAACAUCAGUCGGACUGUUUCCUAUGUGUUUUCAGCACUCAGUCCUUUGACAUUACUCAGUCACAUUUACUACUCUGAAUCUAAUCUUAUACAUUAUGCCAGCUCUAUUCAACACCAUAUACAUCUGGGUGUGAAAAACAUCUCCCACUGACCAAUCAGAGAUGGCAAGAGAGACAGAAGAGCAGCAGGACACUUUAUCAACCUGAUUUUACAUCAAGCAGUCAAUCAGUCUGUAUUUAUAUAACACCAAAUCAUAAUAAAUGUUAUCUUUUUACACCUACCGAUAUUGACUGAUGCACCACAAACAAAUAGGCAUUUAAGCUGUUGUAUAUGUUUUCAAAUUCAUUUUGUUAUCUUUUACUUUACACUGUUUAAAGUUAACAGGGCAGCAGCUGAGAUAUUACGUCUAAAUUUUAACAUUCACUAUAGGAGAAUAAACCAGCGAACAAAUCAGUUCACAAUGAAAUAGAAUAGUAAGAUCUACUGCACUCUCAUGUAGGAAAGUGUUCCUCCUUUAUUUUGCUGUGGUAGCUGUGUUUAUGAUAAUGUGAAAUGGAGUGUAAGCAGAAUACAAAAGUCAAGCUCAGACUGCAGUAAAUCAGCUGAUCCUGAUAGCUCAGCUGAUGACCUUCCUCGAAUCCAACUGGCAAAUGUCAGAAAAGGCGUCCGACUCAAAUUGCUUCAGCCUGUGUUCUCUUGCUGCUUCCUCCAACCCCCGCUCCUUCAUGUACAUUGUGUCUGAUCUGACCAGCGCCAUAAGCAUUGUCACCGUUGUCGGCUUUGUUCUGUUCUGGGAUUUUACUACUGCCGCUGCUGUCCCGGCUUUGGCUUUUUAUGUAUGCACAUGAAACAGGGGAAGGUGCAGGCUUUUGUAUUUCAUAUAAGUACAUGGAAGGGCAGGGAGCUCUCAGAACAGAGCCACACUGUCAAAUACAACUAAUGCGAGCCUUUGAUUAAUAUUUUUGAUGAAAGUGGUCCUGACAGAAUUGUGUUUCUGAUAUCAUAGCGUGCUCCAAGUUAAUAAAAGACAACAAUCUGGCUUAUUCAUGUUUGCGGCAGGGCAUAUGUGCUUAAGUGCUUACAUUAACUCCAGUUUAUCAUAUCGAUCAGGAGACCUCUUAAUGUGGUUUUCUUCAUUGGGGCAAGCCCUCGCUGAUAACCAAUAGAUAUCCAGGGUUUGUUGAAUUCAAUUUGGAGCGUGGACCUUCGGUGACACACAGCCCACAGUCCUCUAAUAGCUCAUUAAGGGAAAGCUUUGGAUCAUAGAGGCAGCUUUUUAGGCUUAAGACUCUUUCUCCAGAUACAAUCUCAAACACACAGUCUGUCUGUUUCUCUCUGAAAGUGCACAAUGACCCACACCCACACUUUUUCUUUUUAAUCCGUAACUGUCCAAGUCAUGCAGGAUAUUUAUGGUGGAGUGACUCAGUUAGCUGUUCAAAUAUUUAGGAGUGAAAGAAUGUCUACAACUUUCAGAAGCUGCACACACUUUGCAGUCAGGGGACAACAGGAUAACUUUAUACAGAUGUCUGCUACUCUGCUGGACAGAAAGAUGUUUUUCAGCUAAACUAAGUGUCAAAACACCAUUUGGACACCAUCCCACUCUGCCGGGGGCGUCUUUUUAAUGGAGAGAGGUCUCCCAUGCACCUUUAUUCUAGUAACCUAUGACUCUGUUUUUUCUCUCUGAAUCCUUGUGUCACUUUUCCUUGUUUUUUUUCCUCGGCCUGAAUGAUGUGAACCUGAUAGCAGAUCACUAAAUUUUUCCCUUCCUCCCUUUACUUUAGAUGAGUCAGGCAGCGGUCAGCCUGAGGGGAUGGACAUGGUGGUGUGCAGAGCUCCUGGUGGGGAAUUUUACGUGGAAGGGGAGACGUGGAAUCUGGACGAGUGCACACGCUGCACCUGCAGGAAGGGACGUGUCCUAUGUGACACUGAAGUGUGCCCUCCUGCUCUCUGCCAGACACCAAUCAGGAACAAGGACACCUGCUGCCACGUAUGCCCAGGUACAAAACAGUAAUACAGGCAAGAGGGGCAACAGGGUCAUUUCAGAAAACCAUGCAGGGGGUAGGAGUUGGGUUGAGGGCAGAGAAGUAUAAAGCUGUUUUGAAUGUACUAUCAGCAUGGGGUUUUUGGAAGGUUCUGUAUGUUGCACUCAGUCAGGCAGUUUUAUGUUAGGCUCACAGACUCAUAAAGAAACCAGCCAAGACUGGUUGAGUUUACAUAGGGAUCCUCCAGGCAGGCAGUAGCACAUGUGGACUGCUUUCACCCGAAGAGCUUCAUCUGAUUCUCCGAUCUGGCCGGGCAAGAAUGUAACACUCAAAUUGUGUUAUCCGUCCGGUUAUGGGAAUAAAUCCUGACACAAAUAUCUUCUUAAACCGCACGCAUGUUUUAUUUACAGCCAUAUCCAAACACCCACGCCUCUCUCUUUACGCUCAGAAUCAACAUAUCCCAAGUAUUCCCAAGCAUGAGGCCCACAAAUCAGCAAUGCAUGACUGCGCCUGAGCGCAGCUCCUCGAGAAUGCCGGCCCCUCUUAUCGCUGCAUCUCCCCUCACAAAAGCAGAUUGUCAGAGGCUGGCCUUUGAUAUAUGUAUGGGCCUGGUCACCAGGAAUGUGGGAAUAAUACACAUCACACUGACAGGCCCUAUGAUGUAUGAGUUACUGCAGGGUAGCGCGGUGUGCACAUGUUCACUAAGUCUGUGGUCAUAAGAAGGCCACAGAUCUCAGGCUUGGGGGCGUCUGAUCAGACAGAAAGAUAAGCUGACAUCUGCCAUAUGAAGGGACUUGUGUUUGUGUUUAAAAUACAGUAAAGUGACUUAUCUUGAAUGUAACCCCGCUGGAUUGAGAUGUUAUACAGCAGGGGUUAAUGCAGGAGCAGGAAUCAUUAUGAAGUUAUGUGUAAGUAAAGCAACUUUUUUCGACAAGCUAAAUUUAGACCUUUCAAUAGACUGCCAAGGCUCAUAAAUAAAAUGGGACUGCAUCAUGACUUAGCACACAACCCUCCAUCUUUAUGUUUCACCUUUUAUUUUUUUGCUUCCAUUAUGCAACCCUAGAAGAAACGCUGAGCCCAUUGCUGCCGGUGAACAACAGCCAGCAGGAGUACUGCAUCACCAGUGAUGGAGACGUGCUGCUGGCUGGAGACUCCUGGAAGGCCAACGCCUGCACCAGCUGCACCUGCAACAACGGUACCAUUCAGUGUUUCUCUCAGCGCUGUCCGGCUGCCAACUGCAGGGUGCCUGUCUUACGCAAGGGCCAGUGCUGCCCACACUGUCUUGGUGAGUAUUCUGAACAAAAAAGAAGGCUGCUUUUUGAGUAUUUUCAGUGACUUAAAUGCGAGCAACUUUGAGUUUAUGCAGUCUUGAUAUGGCUAAGACAGUUUAAAAAAAAGUGUCCAUAAACCAAGAGCCAGAGCUGUAAGUGGCACCACAGGAACAAGGCCCAGGCUGUUGUUGGGAAAAGUCAUAAUUCAGUCAAAAAAAAGGGUGUAUCCGAGGGAAUGCCGGUUUCCAGACUGAAUGUGUGAGCGUGAACAUGUGCAUUAGACGCAGCCACUCUGGCGCUUCAUAGGCAAACAUCCAAACUACAUUCCAUGCGACAUACACACUCGGUCCACUCGGAGCAAAAACAUUCCUUGAGCAUCCGCACAUUCACACGUGUUUCCUGUCCCCGGCUGAAUCGGCCCGGCAACACUCUUUCUGUGGCAGCACAGGAAGGCAAAGCUCCAUGUCAGCUUUUCCUAUAGAGGAAAACCUCAGCAUAGGCUCCCAUUGUUCAGUCUGAUAUGUCGCUGUUUCACCGGGCUUUUGUUUGUGUUAUUGGCCCAGUGGAAAACACAGCUUUUUGAGUAAUGCCUUCACAAAGCAGCACAGUGGACGUAAAGAGAACAGUUCCUGUAAACACAGCUUAUCAGUCAUGACACAGGGGGAGUUUUUACACUAACUGUGUGAGAAAUGUUUGAAUGUUUUUGAUUACUUCAGUGAUGUUGGAUCUUAUAUUCUGUUUGAACAGAGUUAACAACUGCAGUGCCCGUUAUGGUGUCUACCAGCGCUCCCAAGACCACGGUCACUGUGACAGUGGAGAGUGCAAUGUGGAUCACCACUGUCACCGUACCGCCCAUUAUUGCUGAAACAGGUACCUGCUCAUGUAAUCACCACCUACACAGACUCUCCUCUUUAUUCAGUUUGACACUCUGUUUAGUGAAAACCUCAUCCUAGUUGAUGGUAUCAUUGUGCGCACUGUCCUUGCCAAUUUCGGUGACUGUUUAUUCUUAUGUUCGGUGUUUGGAAGGUCUUGAUUAAUGAGUGAAAGCUGGACUAAACAAUAACGAUAAAUGAGCACUGGCUUGGUCUUCUUUGGCUGAUUUUACAGUGUGAGGGAAUUUCAACUGGCUGUGAAACAGAUUGAAAUGAAUAUUGGUUUUUCUUUAUGAUCUACAAGACUGAUCAUUCCUACGCAGUUGGAAUUUCCUUACUUUUCCAUACCCUACUUUUUAGAAUUAAUUUUGGAAAUACCUGCUUUUCUAUUUUUAGAAAACAGUAUUUUAGAACUGUGUUAAUAGUCUGUCAACAUAGAUAUUUUUGCAAACUUUAUUUCUCAUUUACCAUACUUUUUAAGACCUGGAAAUUGAUCAAACUACUUCCAUACUUUUCCAUACUUUCCAUACUUGUGUUGGAACCCUGUGCUGGACUGUAGGACUGACUGACUGACUCCUAAAGUUACUGCUUCACUCAAAUCUCAGUUUUCUUUAAUGUGGCUCUAAUAUUCUGCUGGAGGGGGCACUGAGUAUUUGUGUGUGUGUGUGUGUCCCAUAGAUGAGCCAGCUCUGGGUGAGAAUUACCCCAGCCAAACAGAGAUGGCCCUCAUCUACCAAUCAGCUGCCUGGAUCUUAGCAGGCCUCCUCCUGGCCAUCAUUAUCUUCCUCAUCGUGGCGUUGCUCAUAAACAAGAAAAAGAAGUGGGUGCAGAUGUCCUGCUACAGUGCACCAAAGAAGGUGAGACUUUAUCUGUAAAUCACAUAAAGUAGGUCAUUAGUUUGAAGCUCUGGCUCUUGAUCUUCCAGCUUCUGCUACAACAAGUGCUAAAGCUGUCAUGACUUUAGGAUUAAUGUAGCUUCCUUUUGCUCUUUGGACCUCUAAAAGGUCAGGUCCGUCAUAAAAUCUACCAUAAAAUGAGUUUGUUAUGUCAGAAAAUGAACACAAGCUGACAUCAACAAAGUAAGCUUUCAUCACCUACUCGCUGUCAAUCUGAAUUAUGAUGUCAUCUCAACAACAUGGGAUCAUGUUCUUUCUCCUUUUCCUGCUCAGACGGUGAUCCUAAAGAAACACGUGAAUAAGAACGCAGUCGUCUACAUGGAGCCCUCCAAGGAGAACAAGUUUCAGAACGUGAAGAACGACUGCGGCAUCAUCCACUUCUCUCCAGAAAUGAGCUCCUCCUGCGUGGACAAGAUGACCAUCCCCAGGGCCAAGCUGAGCAUGGGCAACGACUGGAUGCCACGUUAGCAAACACAUCAUUCGGACCCUUCAGAUCAGAGCUGUCCGGCCCCUCCCACUCUCUGUCACUGCUGGAUCAAAGAUUAAACACCUUGGACGCCAUGUUGCCCUCAACUUUUUCUCUGUGUGACAGUUCAACUGAGGAUGUUCUCCAAGAGACUAGGAGAGUGAUCUGUUUCUAUUAUUUUGUGACCAUAUUUGCCUGUUUUUGGAUCUUUCAAGAGGAGUGAGGCACUGGGAGGCGGACCAGUGGGUGGACUUAUUUAGGACAUGGCCACUCAGGGCUCUGCUUUAAAACCAGAGGAGGUGGCAGCCACAGAGGCUCCUCUGUCAGAAUCAGACUUUGACUGUGAACUUUGUAAAAUUAUUGCUCAUUAUUGCCUCCUUUGAAACUGGAACUCUGAGGCAAUAAGAGGAGCAUAAAAAAGCUUUAGGACAGGGGUUUGGGCUGGAGUUAAAGGGGGUUUAGAGGACGCUGCCCCGUCUUUGCUCAGCAGUGUUUCUUGGAUGUAAUCAUCUUCAUCAGCAGGGAGGCCAAAGGAACUGAUAAUCCUCUCAGAUCAAAAUUGAGUUCAAAAGCCAAACCAUCCCAAGUCAGCAGGCUUUAUAUAGACCCCCUUGGCCAAACCCCUGCUUUAGAAAGUGUGGUUUCCAUCUCCCUUUUUGUAUAUUUCUACAGUGUUUGUACUUGUUGUAGUGUUGUUCUUGGCCUUCUCUUGUUUUUAUUAUAGGCCAGAAUGAAAUAUUUUGAAGAUGCCAGUCUAAACAUUCCCCCCCGAUUAAGUUCAGGAAGGACAAGCUUCCUAAAUAAUAGCCUACCUUCAGAUGACCCGAGUCAUUCCAUUCAGAAAACUCAGACAACAAACCACAGCCCUAUGAAAGGAAACAUUUGAAUUCACUCUGCAAAACUCACCCGCAAUACAGAGGCCAACAGGCUUCGUCUUUCUAGGGCUCAUCCAGAAGGAAUCAGCCCCUCAGCUGUGCUUCAUCAUUUUGAAAAUCACAGAGCGGAGUCAAAGCAGAGUGAUGUGGAUCCUGGGAGAACGUUGUUUGGUUGAAUGCAGAGGAGAGAAAAUAACGCCAGAGGCUUCAUCUGGACUGUUGGAGAGUGUCUUUGUACCAUGCCUCACUUCAGAGCUUCAUUCAGAUGUGUGUGCGUGUGUGUAUGUGUGCGUGUGUGUGUGUGUAUGGAGCUACUGUUCACAGUGAAUGUUAAAAAUGGUGAGUAAUGAUUCGAUAAAAGGGCCUGUGUCCACUAAAAGCAUUUUAUUUUUGCUCAGGCAGUUGCAACAACCUCCACAUCAGUGUGCCUCUAUUCAGCCCUUGCUAUCGCUUGGUUAUUUAAGUUAUACUUCUAUGGCACUUCUGCUGCCCUUGGUUGUGAUUGUCUAUUUAAAAUUGCUUUACGGUUGAGUUUCGCUUUUUCUGGAGGAAGUUUUAUAAAUAAUUCAAAAAUAACAGAAAGGAAUCAUCCUGGCCUUAGCAGCAGCUCCGGACCUCUAAAUUAUACCCUCAUAGAGACAAGCUUGAUCAUUUCCUCUACUUCUGCUGUUGACAAAGUUAACAUCAGAAGUUCUGCCUCUUCUUGAUUUUGUGAUGGAGAAGUGAUACCAACAAGCGUGGUUGUUCUCCAGACUAUUUUCAACUGAGAGCACACAGUAUCAAAAUAGUGGGAGUUUUGCAUAGAGGAUGCCGAGUACUGGAAACUCUGAACAACAUUGAUUUUGUACGGCAAGUGCAAAAAUACUUUUGGAGUGGACACAUUCCCUGAGUAGCCUUAAUUCUUUGGCCUUAAUACAUUUUCUUUUUUGGUGUUUUGUUCUCACAAAACUGCUAUACCAGAUCAAGAAGAGCAACAUAUCCACUCGAUAGUGAAACAUAGUUAUUGUACAGUUUCAUACCGUAAAUUGUUUCUCUGCACUCUUCAUGCAAGAAAACUAUGGGAUAAGGAAACAUAGGGGUGUUACAGGAGCUGGAUAGUAACUGUACAUAAUGGUGCAUAUACCACCUUUAGAGCAUGUAAAAGAGACAUAGCACUUUUUAAAGAGCCCGUUUGGAAAGCACCCUGCAGGAUUCCUGGAGGGAGAAAGACCCUAAUCAGGAAUUUGAUAGGCAUAUUAGGCACACAGAGAUGUGAACAUGCUGAAGCAGGAAGAGGCUCUGCAGUGAUACGAGCAGCAGGGGUGAGAUCUGAAUGUGAGAAGAGUUACGUAACAAAAUGUGGGUUCAAUCGAAAAAAAAAAAAAAGUUUUGGAUCAGAGUUCUCAAACUAUUGCCAAUUCUUUCAAUACAAAGACCAUUCUGAUGCCAAAAUUGGUUGGAGACCAAUUUAUAGUGAAGUGUUUUACUCAGUAGAUCUGUGUCUGUUUGAAUCAUGACUAUGUGCUUUAAAAUGAAGAGGCGACUGUAAAAGCUUAAGCAGUUCUUUGUUCUUCUUUUUGUGUAAAAAAGUAGUUUAAAUUAGUAGGACAGAAGAGUACCUUAUUUAUUUUUUCACAUAGCUUUAUUUAUUAAUACUAUAGUUUGAGUUUUUUUUUUUUUCUGAAAUAUGAACUUUUGGUAGCCAAAGCUGCUGUAUAUUGUAGACUAUUUACCGUUUCUAUCUGCUCUAUUCUAUACCACCUUAUUUAUUUGGCUGUGUCAAACCUUGUAAAUAUGUUUCCUAGAUGAUGAAAUGUAACAUUUCCAUGUAUUUUGAAAAUAAAUGUGUGAACCAAAGCA